AUGGACUUAAUAAUCAACCAAAUUUCUCUAUUUGUUCAAGGUGCUUUAAUAUUGGAAUAAUUUAUAUGGAGUUUACCUUUGACGAUAUCAUUCAUUUUGGGAGUCAUUAAUGAACUACAAAAUAUAGCAUAUAUUAAUAUAUCUUCUAAUUAAAAGCUUUUCAGUACUGCUUCUGAAUUGGAUUUAAUAACAAUGUUAACAAGACCCAAUACAUUCAUUGAGAAUUCAACUAUAUUAACUUAUAUAUCACUGGGAUUUUUAUGUAUUCUUAUUCUUAGUUGCAUUUGCUUUAUUUUUAUAGUGAAAAGUAGAUCAUAAAAUUUAGUGAUUGAAUUAUAAAAUGCCUUCAACACCAAUUAUUUUAUAAAGGUAUUAUUUAUAUUUGUGAAUGUUUCCAUUAAUGUAUGUAAACAAGGAAUGGGAUAUAUAAUAAUAGAUAUUUGUUUUUAGACGAUAUAAUAAAAUAUAAAUGAUGUUGUCAAAGUCUUUUUAAGCUUUAUUACUAUUGUUGGAAUUUUAAUUUUAAUUUUCUUCUUUGUGAAUAUGUUUUCUUAUAAUUGGGCCUUAGAUUUUUAAAGAGAACAUUUGAUGAUAAAUGAAUCCAAUUUAAUUUUUUAUAGAAUUGGUCUAAAAUUUUUAUAGUUAUCAUUUUUGUUAUAUAUUUAUGAUGAUCUAAUUUUUAGAAUGACAUAAUUAAUCUUACCAAUUAUAUCAUCGAUUAUAUAAAUAUAUUAAAUGCAAAAACUAAAGUAAUUCAUAUAUGGAUACUAUUAUCAAACAAUUUUAGUUAUUAAUCUAAUAAAUAUUACAAUAUGUUUGUAAUAUGUAUUACAUGAAUUAUUUCCAUAACACUAAUUUUAACAACUUUGGAUACUUCUAUUAAUUUUACCUUUAUAUUAUUUUCAAAAAUAAAUUACAAUGGAUUUGUAAAUACAUUUUAUAAAUUUCUAGAAUUCUAGUAUAGAAAAUUGCAAUUUUGUUCUAUUCUAAAUCAUUUAUAAUAUAACUAGACAGAAAAACAGUUUUAAAUAAAAGAUAGUCUAUCUUAUGUUUCUAUAAAAGCACACUAAGACUUGUUAUAAUAUUGAAUGUACAUGUAAACAAAGAUUUUAAUCUAAAAAUUUUUAAUAAAUUUCUUAUGAUAUAUAUUUUAGAGAACUCUUAUCUCAAUAUGAAAGAUUGAUAUCAACUAUGUCAUUCAAAUGUACAUAAGAUUAACAAAUCUUUAGUUAUUUAUAAUUGUUAUUUUUUUAAAAAUAAUAUCUUUAAAUUUAUUAAUACUUCUAAAUAAUAUUUUAAAAAUCAGAUAGAACUAAAUUUCAAAAUUAAAUUUUAAUGACAGACAAUUAUAAAAUGAAAAAAAAAGUUUUCAAAAUUAAUUAUUUGCAUAAAUUAAUAGUUUUAUAAGUAGCUUAAGAUUUAAUGAGAUUAGAUAUUGCAUAAUAAUUUUCAAAUCAAAAGAAUAGUUUAUUAAAUGAAUCAUAAAAAAUACAUUUUGCCAUAAAAGAAUAUCUUGAUGUUGAAGGUUAAUGUGUUUAAAUUAGAAAAAUUAUAAGUUAAGUUUUAUAAAAUAAAAUCAAUUAUUUAGAAAAAAUAAAUUCAAAUAUAACUAAACAAAAUUUAGAAAAAUUAGCAUAUAAAUCAAUAGAAAAUUAAAUAGAUGGAUUAAAAUAAUUAAAAGCAUAUUUUAAAAAAACAUCAGGUAUUCAUAUUAUUUUUUAAUUUAAUAGAUUAGAAAUAAUAAAACAUUUUAAUGUUUUAUUAGAUGGAAAUAUUAAAUGAUAUGAUUUCUUCCUAGAAUUAAAAAUCAUUUCUAAUAAUAAUGAUGAGAUUAAUAUAAAAUAUAGCAAUACAUUUUUGA